AUGCGUGCAACGGCCCAGUGGGCACACGUGGGAACCUCUAAGGAUGGGCUAACCGGCGCUCUCGCUCUUCUGGGGAGUGGCUUUCGGCUUACAGAAAACGAUCUGCUUUCGUGGAAAGGGAGGCGAUUCUGCAUCAGCAAAGCUCUGGACAGCUUUAUAAAGCCAAGAGCCUCGGACUGCAGCAUCUCAGCGACAACUCCCUGCUCCCAGCUGCUGGAUCCCAUUCCUUAUUACGGGGAGUACAAAGGGGCAAAUGCAGAUGGAAGGGGACCACACCAAGGACCUCUCGGCUAUCUUAUGCAUUACAUGGAUGUGAUGGGGCGUGCUUCUAAAGCAACAAGAAAUAUAAACGAUUUGUAUUACUUAUGGAGCAAAGGACUAAACACAAUGUCAAAAUCUGCGGAAGACCACAGAACCGGAACGGAAGAUGUCCCCGAACCAAAGGGCGAAGGCGCUCAGCCUACAAAAAAGAAAGUCUUAUUUUAUAAAAGAGUGAGAAAGGGUUUCGUACAAUAUUUCACUGCCAAGCCAGUAGAGGGCGACUCGGCUAAAGCGGAGGGCAAAUGUAAAGAGGUUACUGCGGGGCACAUCCAGGAGAAUAUUCUUCAGAAAAGAUUUUGGAAAGCCAGCCAAGGUCUUAAUGUCUUAGAACGCGAGGUCUACAGCCAAAUCGGUGACAAGCUUCAUGAAGACAGAAAGCAGGAGCUGGAGUCCUUGUACGAGGAACUAGACAAAGAAGUCUUCAAAGCGGUGAAAGAUUCCAUCGUGGAAGAAGAUGAGGACUUGUUGACUCAGGCUAUACGGGCCAUCAUGGAACAAGAAGCAGAAGACAACAUCUACAGUGAGGACCACGACACCUCGGUAAAACCCAACCCUGCUCGACCGAGAAAAUGGAAGCAGAAAUGGGGCGAGUACGUCAAGCUCUCGGUGAUCGAGCGGAUCCAGAAUUUACCGGCGAUCUCACCCAACGGUCCCGACUCGUCAUUCUCGCAGAAUUUCGUAGAUCUGGGAAAGACCAUAAAAACAGAUCUGAUCCACGUGGUGAAACAUCUCAAGCCGCACUACCCAGGGGAGUUUGAUGUGUGCGAUACCUACGUGCGGCAUUACCAUUCUAUUCUAAAGUCCCAGGUUGAAAUUAUCACAGAAUUUAAACUUGGUGGGAAAGAUGCUCACUUUCUGCUGUGUUGGGUACAGAAUCUAUAUCCAAACAAGAUUUUGAAAGACCCGGCUUUGGUUGGACACAUAGAGGAGGAAAAAUUGGAAAGCCUUCUGCCGCCACACAAGAUCAGGGAACUAGAGAGCAUUUACAUGCCCUACGAAGUGGAAUCCGUAAGGGAAUGGAUGCAAACCAGCCUAAAUUUAGAAGUCCAACGCUGGAAGGAGGAUAAAGAACCAGUGAAGUUGGGUGAUUUCUACCACUCUGAGUUACACAUAGACAUUAUUCAGUCUUACAAUGGUGGAAUCCAGAGAGCUGUAGAUGUGAGCCAAAGAAUGUCUCACAACAUGGCACCUCUCCUGGGCAGUGUGCUGGUGGAAAUCCUGAGAAGUUACAAGGAUUUGUUUGAGGACUUUAAAGAGAAGAGUCAGACAGACCGAUUCUUCAGGUCCAUCGUCAUUGCCAAUAUAAACUGCUGCAGGAGCUUCCGGGACUUUGUCGCACCCCAUGACUCAUCAUUACACUCUAGAUCAAAGGAAACCAUCAACUCCAUCCUAAAUGCGUUUGAGGAGCUUGGAUUUGACGCCCUUCUUCAGGACUUAUUUCAAGAACAAAAGGUUCAUUUCAAAAAGAUUUCCCACGGAAAUGGACUGGGCAGCCAGCAGAUCAUGUCGGACAUCAUCAAAUUAGCGGAGAACUUUCUUUCUCUUCUUAAAACUCUAACACCAGCUUGUUAUAAGGACGCCAUCGAUAGGAUCCAUUUUCACUUGGUCAAACAAUAUGUCACAAGACUUCUUAAGAAGAAAGUCAGCCACAAGAACAUCCAGCAGCUUCAGGCUCUGGCGAACCAAGUCCACGAGAAUGCGGAUCUCAUCCGCGAUUUUUUCUCUUUUCACGAAUCCCAAGCAACUUGGCUGAACCCUCUUAUCCCCAAACUGGCUGAAAUCAUCAGGCUGCAGGAUGUCAACGCCAUUCAGCUGGAAGUGGCCGCGCUGGCCGAAGAUUACCCCGAUAUUGGGAAAAAGCAUAUUGAAGCCGUUCUAUACAUCAAAGGGAAUCUCAGCAGAAAUGAAGUUAAAUUGAUCGCGGGUGUCCUCAACAGCGUUGGAAGAAGAGACAACACAACCCCGCAGUUCUUCUCAUUAAUGAAACCUUCUUAAUGGACUUUCUGAUGAUCAGCGUUGAAACACAAAUAUAAAGCCUUGUUUUGGGGGGGAUUCAGAGCAGAAACAUAGGGGCAGCAAUGUAGGGAGAUGUAAUGAGAAAGAUCUAAAGUCCGGGGAUCUCACUUUGUCUCUGGAAAGCCAUUUACAUUUUAUGAACGUCCACCACAUGGUUAUAAACAGAACCUAAUGUUUUUUGGAAUAAGCGGAUGUCCACGUCAGUAAAACCCAGCAUUCUGUUUAUCCAGUGGUACUUCUUCCCAAGAAUGUUCUCUGGAAAUCAAGAACCGAGGAUUUUUUUUAAUGUUUACAGUAUUCUAAAGCGAGCUCAUAAAACAGCUGGGCCACAUGUAUCACACGGAUGAGAAUGUCUUCUGUAGGUUACCUAAUGGUCUCAGCGGUGCCUUAUUUAGACUCUCCAGGCCCCUAGGCACAUGAAUUUUGUGGGCUCCAUCGGUGAUGUAUCCAGGUCUAGGCCUAGGGUGGCUGGAGGUGCUGCCCUAGGUUGGGCGUCAGGCUCCACUCCUCUUUGCAUGGGAUGGGAGUAGUGAAGGAACACAUGAUGCCAGCCGAGGGCCCGUCAACCAACAAAAAGUGGUUGGAGCAGCUCAGAAGGCAAUCACAUGGCUAGAAUGAGUGGGUUAGAGCUCUAACUAAGUUCCCAGUCUCACUAGGUGUAUCCAGCCAUGAUCGCGGGUAAUUCCAUUUUACGUGCAAAUAAGAAGCUAUAUUGGUUGCAUGUUAGAGCUUCCACGGCAAAUUAUGUUCAGAAGUGAUGCUGUGUUGUAAGUUGUGUGUUCUCUGGUCGUUUCAUACCAUGUUGCGCUUGUUUUUUUUGGUUAUAAUUAAAAUAAUUUUAACUACUA